ACGUUAUAUAAUGGGGUAGUCUCCGUACUUCAUUUCCAUCAAAUCCUUCUAUAGUCAUACAUUGAUAUCUUUGAUGGCAACGGCAAAUGCAGAAGCAUCCUCAUUCCAACAACUACCCAUGAAAUCCCACAUUGCUGUACUACCUAGUCCAGGCAUUGGCCACGUCACACCCCUCCUAGAGCUCUCCAAGCUCCUGGUCACACACCACCAGUGCCACGUUACCUUCCUCAACGUCACCACCGAAUCUUCCGCAGCCCAAAACAACCUCCUUCACUCCCCAACUCUCCCUCCCAACCUCCACGUCGUCGAUCUCCCACCCGUUGACCUCUCCACCAUGGUCAACGACCAAACCACCAUCGUAGCCCGUCUCUCUGUCAACCUUCGAGAAACCUUGCGUCCCCUCAACACAAUCCUCUCACAACUGCCCGAUAAGCCCCAAGCCCUAAUUAUUGACAUGUUCGGAACCCAUGUUUUUGACACCAUUCUCGAAAACAUUCCCAUUUUCACUUUUUUCACUGCCUCAGCACACUUGCUCGCCUUUUCCCUCUUUCUCCCUCAGCUGGACCGUGACGUGGCGGGCGAAUUCGUGGACCUUCCGAACCCGGUUCAGGUCCCGGGCUGCAAACCCAUCCGAACCGAAGACUUGAUGGACCAAGUAAGGAACCGGAAAAUCGACGAGUACAAAUGGUACCUCUAUCACGUGAGUCGCAUGACUAUGUCAACCGGUAUUUUACUCAACACGUGGCAAGAUCUAGAGCCCGUCACGCUAAAAGCAUUGUCGGAGCACUCUUUCUACCGCAGCAUAAACACUCCACCGCUUUACCCUAUUGGACCGCUGAUUAAAGAAACCGAAUCGCUGACGGAAAACGAACCGGAGUGUCUUGCGUGGCUCGAUAACCAACCCGCCGGUUCGGUUCUGUUUGUCACGUUCGGGAGCGGGGGCGUUUUGAGUUCGGAGCAACAAAAUGAGCUGGCGUGGGGUUUGGAACUCAGUGGCGUGAGGUUCGUGUGGGUGGUUCGGGUGCCGAACGACGCUAGUGCAUUUGCUGCGUUUUUUAAUGCGGGUGGCGAUGAUGAUGCGACGUCGUAUUUGCCGGAAGGGUUUGUUUCGAGGACUCGGGAGAGGGGUUUGGUGGUGAGGUCGUGGGCCCCGCAGGUGGCGAUUCUGCGGCACGCAUCUACGGGGGCGUUUGUGUCGCACUGCGGGUGGAACUCGACGUUGGAGAGCGUAGCAAACGGGGUUCCGGUGAUCGCGUGGCCGUUGUACGCGGAGCAGAGGAUGAACGGGACGACGGUAGAGGAGGAUGUGGGAGUGGGUGUGAGAGUGAGAGCGAAGAGCACUGAAAAAGGUGUGGUGGGGAGGGAGGAGAUAGAGAGGGUGGUGAGGAUGGUGAUGGAAGGGGAAGAAGGGAAGGAGAUGAAGCGAAGAGCAAGAGAGUUGAAAGAAACCGCGGCCAAGUCUUUAAGCGUCGGAGGACCAUCCUACGAGAUGCGUGCUGCAAUGGCUAAUGUUUGCUUGUUUGCAACAAAAAAGCAGUGCACCAAAAAGCCCGUUCAGAGGGUGGAUCAUGAAACUGAAGUCAAAGGUUGAAAAUUAACCAGCGUGUUUUCGCGCGCGCUCUUUUGCCGAAUCUUUCCUACAAUAAAAUAACCGUCACGUUUGGCGGUUUCGGCUAUAAAUAAGUAAUUUUUUUCUGCGUGUUGUAGUAACUGGGAGUAGGUUUGGUUUCCCUAAAAGUACUCUUGCCACCUAGGCUUAGAGGUUAAUUGGGCUUGCUUCUCCAAACCUUAGUUUAGCCAUCCACAUUUGUGAAAAACAAUAAAUGUCAUCAGCUUCCUAUUUUACCCCCUCAUCAUUUCCCAACUCCUCAUAGAAUUGGAUUUUCAAUGGUCAUCGGAUGGUGUUCGAAGGAGUUUCUGCUAACUCAUAUUGUAUUUCGGUGUCCCUUUGUUUGCUUUUCGUAUUCGUUUCAGGAUCUGAGUAGAAUAUUGUUGGUCUCGUGUGUUUUGCAAUCUGGUCAGGUUUGCUUUGGAUGAGGUGAUUUAUGGCUAUUUGUAAACCCCUCUUUUGUUCUUUGCCUU